AUGACUUUACUAUCUCCAAACCCAACUUAUAAAGAUAUUACCGAAGAACAAAAGGCCAAUAAUUCAUAUGCUACUUUUGUUCCAGGUCAAACAAUUGUUGAAAUUCCUUCAUACACAUUAGAGUGUGGCGAAGUUUUGAAUAACUUUCCAGUGGCAUAUAAAACAUGGGGUAGAUUGAAUAAAGAUAGAGAUAACGUUUUUAUUAUUUGUCAUGCCUUAACUGGAUCUUCUGAUGUUCAAGAUUGGUGGGGACCUUUAUUAGGUACAGAUAAAACGUUUGAUCCUUCCAGAUUUUUCAUAAUUUGCAUCAAUUUCUUGGGAUCACCCUAUGGAUCUUGCUCGCCAGUAAGCAUAGAUAAAUCUACCGGGAAGCCAUACGGUCCAUUAUUUCCAUUAGUGACUGUUAAGGAUGAUAUAAGUAUUCAAAAGUUGAUAUUAGAUUCAUUAGGUGUAGAAGGCAUCGCAUGUGUUAUAGGUGGCUCUAUGGGAGGAAUGAUUGCUUUGGAAUACGCCGCUACCUACAAUGAUUCACCAUAUGUUAAAUCUGUAAUUUCUCUAGCAACAUCUGCUAGGGCAUCUGCCUGGUGUAUUUCGUGGAAUGAAACACAGAGACAAUGCAUUUUCAGUGAUCCAAAUUAUGACGAUGGGUAUUAUUAUGAAAACAAAAAUGGCAUUAAACCAGAUUCGGGACUAAGUGCAGCUAGAAUGGCAGCAUUGUUAACAUAUAGAUCAAGAAAUUCGUUCGAGACAAGGUUUGGAAGGAAUUUGCCGUCCGUUAAAGCUAAUAUUGAACCGAAAGAAAUUUCUGAAGAAGAACGUAAAAAGCAAGAACAAGAACAAGGAAUUAGAUACCCUAAAAAUAAGGAUGAAGAAAACUGGCUCUUGCAUAAUGAAGGAUCCAGAUCUAGGUCAUCUGUGAAUAGAAGUUCAUCAUCAUUAAGUGUGUCUUCAUCCGUUAAGCCACAAACUUAUUUUACCGCUCAAUCUUAUUUAAGAUAUCAAGGUAAUAAAUUUGUUAACCGUUUUGAUGCAAAUUGUUAUAUUUCAAUUACAAGAAAAUUAGAUACCCAUGAUAUAACUAGGAACAGGGUUGAUUCAGAGCAAGUUUUGGAAGAUCCUUUACCAGAUUUUCUUUCAAAUUUGAAACAACCACACUUAGUUAUUGGUAUCCAAUCUGACGGGCUAUUUACAUAUGGAGAACAACAGUUAUUAGGGCAAUGCAUUCCGAAUUGUGUUCUCAAGAAGAUAAAUUCGCCCGAAGGUCACGAUGCAUUUCUAUUAGAAUUUGAAAUCAUUGAUAAAUACUGCAAAGAGUUUUUACAUAGUAAGCUCCCUGAAUUUUUCAGCCCAGAGUCAAAUAAGGUAGAACUCUUUGAAGAUUGGAACAAGUAUGUAGCUAGUUCCGAUAAUGGUGGUAAUUCGGUUUUCGGUGAAGCUGAAACGAAUAUUACUAAUUGGUAA